AUGACGAGCUUUGAACAUAAUGUGAUGGUUGCUUUGUAUUGGGGUGGAGAAAUAAUUACGGAUAUGAACGGAUUUAGGUAUACUGAAUGUGCUAGAACGAUUAUUAGCAUGUCGACUUCAACUACCUAUGUUGAAUUGGUUGGAUUGUUGCAUGAGAAAAUGGGAACAUAUAGUGAAAAUAUUCAUAUGGAUAUUUCUGGAAAAUAUCCAUGUUCAAUUCAAGGUAACAAUACAAGGUUCAUUGAGUUUAAAAUUGAGAAUGACCAAUCUUUGUUACAAUUUCUUUUCAUACCUCAAAAAUUUGCGGAUAAGAUUGAUAUAAAUGUUUUGGAGAUGUAUGUAAAGACUGUAUCGACAGAUCAAAAUGUUGCAUUUCAAGAAGAUGAACCUCCGAAAGAUGGUGAUGAAAGUGAACCUGAUGAAGAUAUCGAUGAUAUUAGAGAUUUUUCUCAAAAUGGUGUAAAUCUUCAUAAUCAUGAUCAGGGUGUGUCUCAUGACAUACCCUAUUUCAGGACAUUAGAGAAUGAGGAAGACAUUUUCAUGUCUACAUGUGAAUCUGAGAUGGAAUGUUGUUCAGUUUGGUCUGAGCAAGCAAAAAAAGAUUUAAAAAAAGGUAUGCUUUUUAGUAGUAAAGAAAAGUUGAAAAUGGCUGUAACGAUUUGGAGUUUGCACAAAAAUAAGGAGUUCAAGGUGGUAACAUCUACCAAAAGUCUAUGGGUUGUGAGAUGUAAGUUUUAUAAUUUAUUGGGUUGCAUGUGGUUUCUUCGAGGACGACAAGUUGGAGAUAAAUUUUGGAAGAUAGGAAAAUAUGUUGAAAACCAUAGAUGUGAGACUGAGGGGCUUUCUAGCGGUCACGCCAACCUAAAUACCAAUUUGAUUGCAUCACUACUUCUAAAUCAAAUUAGAAAAAAUCCUAAGUUCUUGGUGGUAGAUGUCAUUUCAAAGGUUCAUGAAAAUUUUGGUCACCAAGUGACAUAUAGAAAAGCAUGGCUUGGACGUCAACGCGCAUUUGAAUUGGUGUAUGGUGACUUUGAGAAAUCAUUUAGUGACCUACCUAAAUUUUUUGCAGCUUUUCAACACUUUAACUAUGGAACAAUUGUGGAAUGGAAACACGAAGAGUCUAUGAUUUCGUCGGAGGUAAAAACUUUUAAAUUUGUAUUUUGGGCUUUCAAGCCAUGCAUUGAUGGAUUCCAAACAUGUCGCCCAUUUAUUUCAGUAGAUGGAACUCAUAUUAAUGGAAAAUAUGAGAUCAAAUUAUUAAUUGUUGUUGGAAUUGAUGGAAAUGAUAACAUUCUCCCUUUAGCGUUUGCUAUAGUAGACAAAGAACCAAAAGAGGCAUGGAAAUGGUUUUUUAGAAAUUUGAGUGCACAUGUGAUAAAAAGCAGACAAAAUGUAUGUGUUAUAUCUGAUAGGGCAAAAGGAAUCUUGACUAGUUUGCAGGAGUUGCGGCGAUUUCAAGAGCCUCGAGUCUUCCAUCGAUUUUGCAUAAGACAUCUUAAGAGCAACUUUCAAUCUAAAUUUCCAAACAAGGACCUCAGCAGAUUGAUGUGGAGGGCUGCUUCAGCCCAUCAAUUAAGGAAGUUUGAGUCCAUGAUGUGGCAAAUUAAAGAAGAAAAUAUCGAAGCACAUGAAUACCUCAUGGAAAUUCCCUUGGAUAAAUGGACUGUUAGCCAUGAUGAUGGAAAAAGAUGGGGUGUGUUGACAACAAAUCUUUCAGAGUCAUUCAAUGGGGUGUUGAAAAAAGCACGAGGUUUGCCUGUCACUGCUAUGAUUAGACUUUCAUUGGAGAAAACUAUUGAACGGUAUACCCGUAGGUCUCAAAUAGCACACCAACUUGCAGAGCAAAAUGAUUUAUGGACCGGGAGGUUCAAAAUAAAGUGGGAGAAGAAUUAUGAAAGUUCAAAGAGGCACUUUGUUUUUGAUUGGAAUAUACCCACAGGAGUAUACGAGGUUAGAUCUAUACAAGUUGAUGGUACUGGUGGUAAUCCUCAUUGUGUUUCACUAAAUGAAAGAAAAUAUGAUUGUGGAAAAUGGGUUAAUCUGCACUUCCCGUGUUCACAUAUCAUGAAGGUAACUGAUAGAAUGGGAGGGCUAGCUAGAAAUUUUGUUAGCGAGCAUUUCACAAUAGAGAAUUAUGUUGCAACAUAUUCUGGGUCAUUCUCACCAAUUGGUCAUGAGUCAUAUUGGCCAUCUCCAAGUUUUACAAUGAGAAGUAAUGAAUUCUAUCGUCGUCCUAAUCGGCCAAGGACAACUAGAAUACAUAAUGAAAUGGAUCGUAGUUCUACAGUGUAUGAGUGA